AUGGCCCAGGACCCGCUAGUUGAUACCCAGAAUAGUCUCGAUGCGGUAUUGGAAAGCGUUUUCAAACAAUUUGCACCUCAAGCCGGUAGCAACGGCGAUGCCAGUUGGUACUCUCAAUGCGCAGGAAGAGUCUUGAACGGGUGGAAUGAAGAGAAGGAGGCCAACAUAACGCAUGAGACCCGGUCGCGCAUCAUAAGUGGGAUAGUCAUUGGCAUCAACGGUACACGGUUCAACGGCUCGACGAACGAUAUUAUUACAUCCGAUGACGUGUGGGGGAUCAGCAGCGGGCUAUGCAAAGAGUUUUGCGGUCGUGGCGAAUUGGACAUGAUCACCAGUUUCAACCGUCUCGCCUCCGGUUCCACCAACUACCUGCUCCCAUGGCUGGCACUUACUGCCCAGCUCCCGUACGAGACUGGGAGCACGGAGGCCAACCUCAUUGGCGUGUGCAUCGGCCUCGGAAGCCCCUUGCUCAUGACAUUUUCCUUGAUGAUGACGAUCCUGAAUAAGCGGUGGAUCAGGAAGAGGUUCAAAGAGCUCGCUGCCAGCUGUGAAGGCGACGGCUUCGACAAGAUGAAGACCCGGAUCAAGAGCGCACGCGUCAUCGCUGACGAGUCAGGACAGGCUCCCACACGCCUGCUGCAGACGGACGGCUGGCUUGCACGACUGGUGGUACUGGAUACGAACACGACGUGGUGGAGCGAGGCCGCGAAUAGUCUGAAAUCGACCCGUCGCGGGACCACCCUGUCGCUUAUCGCGCAGCUGGUCGUAGCUGUCAUCGCCUGGGUCUUCACCGUCACGGGCUCUCUGAAGCAAAAGGUCGGCGAUACUGAGGAGGCGUUGGUCUUGUCGUCGGGGUCUCUUUGGAUAUGGCUGGUUCCCGUAAUCAUCGGCUGGGUCUUGGUAGGCACCCAGAACAAGAAAGGCACCAUCCAAGAGGCGAUCCGACGUGCGAACGGCCGCAUCAGUGUCGAGAACAAAGAGACGGGGAUCGAGGUCGUCGACGAUGUAGAACACCCCGCGCUAGCUGACCCUACCACGCGAUUUGUGAAUGCUCCAUCGUCUCCUACCAGAACAAAUCAGCCUGAAAUGAGACUAAGGAUGUUCAGUGUCGCCGGCUGCCAGCGUCAACAAGGACCGGUCUACAACUACGCCCGGUCAAUCACGUGGCUCAAUUUUGCGGAUCGUCUGUAUAUGGCCUUCAGGGCCGCGUCCGACCAGAUGAAGAAGCAAAGGGAAAUCCUGUCCCAGCCCUGUAUAACAAACGACGACUACGUGAAGGUCUCCGCUGACUGCGGGCUUGCACCUAAUGUCAGUACCCACGCCAACGGCAGCGCUGGUCAUCACCAACAGCCUCCAGCCACCCAAGGACCGCCAAGCCACGUGCUCGUCGAGUAUACCAGCCUAAGCGAAAUGUCUCCCCCCGCGAUGUCGGCCUUCUGGCGGCACGUUGCCUGGUCUAUGCUCGUCGCUCUCGUGUUGCAGUGGGGAACGACAGGCUGGGCGAUCUACAUAUCCUACGAAACCGUGGUCAAGGGGUUGGGUUGCCGGUCGGGAAGCUAUGUUAUCUACGGCGUCCUCGCGACGGCAUCAUGCGCCGCAAUGUUAUUCUCGGCAUGGGUCUCGCACUUUACGAUGCGAGCAUACCAGUACACGCACCGCACGACAGGUUACCUGCAGUUCUGCGGAGCUGUAGCGGUCGUGACGCGGCUCUUGGGCCAGUUUCUCCUCGUCAGCAACACGAUAUGGCUCUUGGCCAUCUCCAUAUUCGAGCUUAUAGGGUUCUUCGACAGCUGCUAUUGUUCCGGAACGGAGCUGAGCAAGAGGCUCGAAUACGGUUGGAUUCUCCUCUUCAAAAAUGCAGAUGCCCUCAAAGCCGAUGCGCAGGAGGCUUGGAAGACAGGAAUCGGGAUGGGGUUCGUGACCAACUUCUUGGCAGUCAUGAUUUUCUAUCUGGCAUCUCGGCAGGGGAAUGAGUGA